AAGGCGAGAUUAAAAUACAAAGCCUUAAUAAUGUAGUAAAUCUUGAGAUAAGCAAUUGACUAGACCUAUGUACAAACAACAGGGAUUUUGUAUAAUGUGUGUCGGUAAGUAAACAUUUGUAUGUUUACAUAUGGAACAGCCAAAAGACAACUCCAGCGCCAUCUGUUAAAAGAGACAACCUAGAAAGUUGGCCUUGUCACAAUUCAGACAUAUUUGAGUUGGUAUAUCCAAAACUGCUUGAAGUGCCUUUGGAAAACCUACCAUGCAGUUUGACCUUAAUCUUUUACACUCUAUGUUUGAUAGCAAUAUUAAUGUGUUUUUUAGAUAAUGUUCAUCGUGGAGUACCGAACGAGUAGUUUUUACUGUAGGUUAGUGUAAGGGUUUCUUCGUCUUCGGCAAAAUGCUUUGCAAAUUGUGUACUUUUAUAUGCCUAACUGGUGUACUGUUUUGAACUUCUAACUGUUAAGCAUUGGCCGACAGCUCUAGGAAAAAAAAAAAAAAAAAAAGAAUUUCACGUAAUCGUUAUAUAGCCUAAAUUCAUAAUUAAGCAUUUACUCGAGGAAGAACAGUUAUAUUUGUGUGAAUUAUAAUAAAUUAAUUUUUAAUGGAGUGCUACUAGAAAUUAUGGCUUGCUUGUAUCAUUCCUUAGGUAAGUCUUGUGCACAAUAUAUAUCGCUGCUUUUAUGAAAAUAGUCAUAAGUAUUUGUACAGGAUACUGAAUGCUUGCUUGAAGCAUCCAAGAACUAUUUUCGGUUGUAUUGGCAAGAAACAACCAUUUAAUCAGAUGCUGUGUUAAAUAAAAGCAAAAUCUGUACAAAUGAACCCUUAUUUAAUGCACCCCAUUCAAGUAAUAAAAAUAGUGAAUUAAUAUAACCAAAGGAAAAUUGAAAGGUAACGCCUGGUCAUUAGUUACAAGAAAUAUAAUGUUAAGAAACAUUAUAGCAGUAAUGCUAUUGCAGUGAAUGACCAGUACUUUCAUUGGAUUUACCUGUGCUUCCUUAGGUAUACCUGUGAUAGAAUUAGAAACAUGUUGAAUUAAUCCACUGUGGUUCUUUCUUUUAGUCUCUUGUUCUUCUCAGAGACAGGCAUGAAUAGUUCACCGCAGCUUUCUUACUUUCUUGACUGCUGUUGUGGUAGUUCGUCAUAAUAGCUGGCUGAUGCAGUUUUCUCCAUCCAAACUUUACAUAUAGCAGAUGUGCUUAAUUGAUUGAAAUACCAAAGAGCCAUUCACGACCAUGAUGUUAUGUUGUGAAAUUUAUUUACAGAAAUCAUAACAACUACGGGGUAAACUUUCACUUAAUCAACCCCUGUUACAUCCGUGCAAAACAAAAAUAACAUCAUGACAUAUGCAAGUUAAAUAAUAUCAAGAUUCCUUUAUAUAUAGAACGCAUGAGUUCAGGCCUAGGAGCUAUGUAACAGAACAUCUAGAAAAAGCAAUAUUUUAAAAGCAUUAAACUCGUAUCCAUGCAGGACAGAAAUAUGAUGUGCGAGGUGAACAAUCAGACAUUUGAAUUAAACUAUACUUCAGACAAGCAAAUGAUUACUCGCACAUUGCAGAAACCUCAUGUCUGUGAGGUAUGUAACAAAACAUUUAGCCAGAAGGGUAGUUUGCUCAAGCAUGUGCUUAUUCACACUGGAGAGAAACCUCAUGUGUGUGAGGUAUGUAACCUCUCCUUUAGACAAAAAGGUGAUUUAACUAGGCAUAUGCUUAUUCAUACAGGAGAGAAACCUCAUGUAUGUGAAUUUUGUAACAAACCAUUUAGACGAAAAAGCAAUUUAAACGCCCAUGUGCUUUUUCAUAAGCGGCAGAAACUUAAUGUGGGUGAGAUACAUAACAAGUCUUUUGCUGAAAAGAAGUAUAUAAUUCGCCAUAUGCCUAUUCACUUGGGGAAGGAACCUUAUGUAUGUGAAGUAUGUAAUAAAUCAUUUAUUUAUAAAGGUAAUUUAAAUGUGCAUAUGCUUAUACACACAGGAGAGAAACUUCAUGUAUGUAAGGUAUGUAAUAAGUCAUUUACACAAAAGCCUGCUUUAAACAACCAUAUGUUUCUCCACACAGGAGAGAAACCUCAUGUGUGUGAAGUAUGUAACAAGUCAUUCAGAAUGAAGAGUGAUUUAAAUCGGCAUAUGCUUUUUCACACAGGAGAGAAACCUUUUGUGUGUGAAGUAUGCAACAAAUCAUAUAGACAGAAAUGGGAAUUAAACUUGCAUAUGCUUAACCACACAGGAGAGAAACCUUAUGUGUGCGAAGUCUGUAACAAAUCAUUUAGACCAAAAUGGGAACUAAACUCCCAUAUGCGUAUCCAUACAGGAGACAAACCUUAUGUGUGUGAAAUUUGCAACAGAUCAUUCAUUCAUAAAGGUUAUUUAAGGGAGCAUAUGUUUAUUCACACAGGAGAGAAACCUUACCAGUGCGAAGUGUGUAAAAAAUCAUUUCGACAAAGUGCUACUCUAAGGAGACAUUUGCGUAUUCAUACAGGAAAGAAACCUCAUGUGUGCGAGGUAUGUCAGAAGUCAUUUGCGCGUAAAGAUAUAUUACACAAACAUAUGCGUAUGCACGCAGGUGAUAAACCUUGAUUUUGCCAUGUGUUAAAACGGUGUUUAACUCUUUGACCACAGAAGGAUUUGGGUCUAAAACCUAAAUUUCUGAAAACUACGGGGAAAUUGCAAAAUCACCCACUGCUUCAUACGUUUUUAAGAAUUGCACAUACUCAGUAUCCAUGUACACAUCGACCCAUUUUCACUUAAAAAAAAAAUCCCAGAAUUGCUCACAAAAUGGCAUUGUGCACU